AUGACCUAUCCGCAUCAUUCUACGCAUUCGCUACAGCCGCUUGAUGUUGGAAUGCAGGAUGAUCAGCUCGCUAAGCAAGCCGAUAUACAGCUUCAAAAUGAUUUCAGUAUUGCUCAACAAGGCAAGAAAAGGGCCCUGAGCACUCUAAAGGUCAAGAAAUCGAAAGAUAUCAUUCCUGUAGAUACUGAGGUUGUUGGUAUAACUACAACCGCACCACCCCUCGCAUGGUAUGACAAAGUCCCAUUUUCACAACAACAAAUCACCCAGUCUACAAUGCGCCUUAGCACAGACGAAUCCUUCCACUUCGAACUCCUCCGUCUCCUCGCUCACUCUAGCUAUGGCGGUGCCGACGUGGGCGAGACCCUCACCAUGAGCUCCGAAAUUACCCUAGGCGACUUCGAGUCCUCCCCCGUCUUCAACAAAAGAGCAGACCGUAUUGUCGAACAACGAAAGAAAAUGACAAAUGACAUCUCCAUCCGCGAUGCCAUGUUCCGCGCGACUACCUACUACCGCGCGGCGGAUUUUUACAUCCACGGGAACUGA